AUGGAGCCAGCCAGCAAACCGCCCAUCCGCAAGUCGCCGCCAACCUCGACCCCUGCUCCCCGAAAACGACGAAAGAGAACGGUCGUCAGUGGUGCACCGGAUGACUGUUUUACUUGUGCUCGGGAGGGAUCGUCGUGCGACCGACGACGCCCAUAUUGCUCGCAAUGUCUGGACCGGGGACGCGAUUGUUCGGGAUACAAGACAAUGUUGACGUGGGGGGUCGGUGUUGCUAGUCGAGGGAAGUUUCGGGGAUUGUCUCUCCCUGUCACUGGGGCACAACCCGCUGCGAAGCCGGAUACUUCUGCUCCUUCGCCAGUGAACGAGAGAGAACUGUCCCAAGCGGCACAGGCGGCAGAAGCGACCGUGUCACCAACCACCUAUACAUUUGCUAUUUCUUCUCCCGUUGCUACUGCUGGUAUUGCAGGCCAGGCCGGUGCCCGUUUGCCAGCCUUGGAACCUCCUCCGAAACCAAAUCCGAUACCAAUAGAUCAAGCUGGCCGUACGAUUGACACAAAUGCCUGGCAUGCACAGUCGAAAUUCACCGUGUCUGCGAGUCCCUCCCCCCCACCGCAUACGCAGAAAGAUGUUUGGGCAAUCGGCACUCGGCCAAACCCGGCUUUGACGUCCGCAACAGAGCAAUGGCAGACACUACCCGCCCGUAAUUUGUCCAUAACGCAUGAUACAGAAGAACCUGACAGACACAAGACACAAUCAGGCUCAAGGAAACCUCGGUCCAUUGCCCGUCAUUCACCCUCGUUUUCUCAGAUGCUCCUGGCGAGAUCAGUAGGACGGACCCCUCGCCUGCGAUUCUUGAUUAGCUACUAUGCUGAAGUGAUCGCGCCUGUCAUCGUGGCCUUCGAUAGCCCGACGAACCCCUUUCGCAUUCAUAUUCUACGAUUAGCGCAGGAUAGCGAGUCGCUCCAGGAGGCGAUUGCAACACUAGCCACGAGCAAUCUGCGUCAACGAAGAGAGAGCAAGACCAUGCCAACAGAUCGGACCCUUCCCUCGCGCAUGUCUUCCCUGGCACAUCGAGCCUUGACGGAAGGGGCUUGCUCAGAUGGCCACGACGCUCUGACUCCAGAAGGGUUCGCUCGUGAGGAACAGUAUCAUCGAGGCUUGGCGGUCAAAGCAUUGAAUAUGGAACUGGCCGAUCCACGUCGACGGUUAUCAGAUUCGGUCCUAGCGACUCUAUUCAUUCUCUGUCUCUUUCAUGCCUGCGAUACGGGGGUGACCCAGUUCAAAACACAGCUCGCAGGGGUAACCAAGCUGUUGGCGCUCCGAAUGCGCGGUUCUCGAAUCUUGUCUGAUGAGUUGAAAUGGUUCAUUCGCGUAUUUGCCUGGUACGACACGAUGGCUGCGACCACAAAUGAUCGUGAGAUACAGCUGCGCGGGCCAUGUCUGGAGAUUGCUGCGUUAUCUGAUAGCGAAUGGAGUCUCGAGAACCUGACCGGUUGCGACGCCAACCUUUUCAAGUAUAUCGCGCAGUUGGGUCGCUUGAAUCUUCUGAGCCAGGAGCAAGAGGUCAGCACGCCAGCUCUUCCGGAUAUCUUUGUUCCGACGGUAUCUCUACCACCACCCAUAGUCCACGGCGUGCCGACACUGGACGUUCCUGGGAUGGGCAGCAAUCAUAAUUACCCAAUUCCAGUUACUAUACGACCCACUGAUCGAAGCGAACGACCUCUGUCUCCCGCUUUCUGGGAUGAAUGGUUCGGCCUCCGGCAACAAUUAGAAGCGUGGCGGAUGGCACCGCAACGUUGGGAAUCAACCUCCCUGAGCGAUCCAGUACAAUCGACUUUUCCCCGUCUCCCUUACAUGUCUCCCCCGUCUUCGCCGUCAGCGCAGUAUGUCGUCGCGCCACAGAACGUGGAGGAUGUCUACCACAUUUCGGAAUGCUUUCGCCACUCGGCAAUACUCUACAGUGAACGACUCGCAUAUCCUGAUCUGUCAUCUGGCCACUCUCGCAUCCAACACCUGGUACAGCGUGCCAUGCACCAUAUCUCGCUGGUCAAGUCGGAUGUGUAUCUACUCUGGCCACUUUUCAUCACGGGCUCUGAGUGUGUACUGGAGACCCACCGUCACACGAUUCGUCAGCGCUGCAAAGAUAUCUCCAAGGACUCUGGAUUCUUCAACAAUCUGUCCUGUCUCGAGUUGCUAGAGAAGAUUUGGGCACAGAAUUCCCACAAUGAAGGUACACCAUAUGGUGUCUCACAACUUGAUGGUUAUGACAUGUCAGCGGCUGGGCCCCAAGGGCAGGGAUUUCGCUGGCAUGAGUUGAUGCAAGCCAAGCGCGCAGAGGGGGAGUACAUGGUGGUUUGA